CACAAAAUAAUUAGGGUUUAAUCAUGGAGGCCGCGAAGGAGCUGAGAGUUUGCGCUAUUGUCUUCUCUGUUUAGGGGAUAAAGGUUAAAACCCAGAAAGAGGAAGCCAUUUCCAAGGAGGGUUUUGAAGAUUGGAAUGAACCCAUAAGGCAAAAUCACUGGGUUUUCCUUUUCUUUUAUCAAACUUUCACUUCAGUUAUAAAUGUUCCUUUCUUUGAAGGGUUUGUGCCCUUUCUGGGAUUGUGGAGCCUACAAAGCAUCCCUUCGUCAGAUCCUUGGCCUGGGACCCUUCUUUUUGUUCUUCCCUCUUCUCUUCAAACCCAAAAAUUCUCCAUCUCUCUCAGAAACACUGAGAUUUUCUUCUCAAGAGAGAAAAUAAGGGCUUAGUGGGGCUGUCUUGUUGGCAUUUUGGAGGGAGUGUUUGUCUAAUAUCAGCACAGGACUCAGGGGCCACUUGGAUAUUUUCUUCUUCCUCUGUAAAAGGAACUGAAUCCAUGAAUCUAGAGGCAUAAGAUCGAAUACCCAUGUGAGAGCUUUUGAGAUUUGAAGUUAACUCAGAUCUGAGUUUCUAUAAUCAUUGUUCUUCAAGUUCUCUGCUGGAAGAACUCUGUAAUGUUACUCUUUAGAUCUUGAAUGCUAUUGAAUUUGCCUGUCCUUUUGUUUGAUGCCAUUGAAGAUGGCUCUGCCAAUGAUUGUUUUACUUUCAUCCGAUGAUUUGAAUUCAAAGGGGUGUCACAUUCACAAUGCAAACUUUAGAUUCUCUGUAUUAGCUUAAAGAAUGAGCUUUUGUGGAUAUGGAUGUCGGAGAAGAAAGCUCCCGGUUCGGCUCCUUGCCUACUACAACUUCUAGAAACUUGUCGUCGUCGUCUUCGACGUUCUAUUCAGCACUUCAGUCGCCGUUUUUUUCUCCAAGGUCAUCGACAUGUCGAAGGUCAGAAGUAUCGAAGGCAGAAUUGGAGUCUGAAAGUAUGGACUUCAGAGUCGAUCCAAUAAGCUCUGGUUUGGUCGUUCCAGAUUCUGAAUCUUUGUCGAAAGCCAAAUUUGCGGUUUCAGAUAUGAUACGGAAUCCCGAUACUUUCAUUCCGUUUGAUUGUCCGAAGUUUGAUCUAGCCUCAUCCUCAACUGGAAUAUCUGGAAGUACUCCUUAUGUGUGGCCUAGGGAGAAGUAUAAAAAGCAUAGCAGAAGUAACUUAGCUUCUUACUCGAAAGCUCCGAUUUCGAUUUCCUCGACUAGACUACGGAGUUACGAUGUUUUCAUAGGUUUGCACGGUUCCAAGCCUUCGUUGCUGCGGUUUGCUAACUGGGUUCGUGCAGAGAUGGAGGUUCAUGGGAUGAGUUGCUUCGUGUCUGAUAGAGCAAAAUGUAGAAACUCUCGCAAGCAUAGAGUUAUCGAAAGGGCAAUGGAUGCGUCGUCGUUUGGAAUUGUGAUUCUAACAAAGAAGUCGUUCCAGAAUCCUUACACGGUUGAGGAGCUUCGGUUUUUCUCGAGCAAGAAGAACUUGGUCCCAAUAUUUUUUGAUUUGAGCCCAGGAGAUUGCCUUGCUAGAGACAUAGUGGAGAAGAGGGGAGAUCUGUGGGAGAAACAUGGCGGUGAUUUGUGGGUUAUCUAUGGAGGAUUGGAGAAGGAAUGGAAAGAAGCCAUUGAAGGGCUUUGUUAUGUUGAUGAAUGGAAAUUAGAAGCUCAGAAUGGUAACUGGAGGGAUUGCAUACUGAAAGCCGUUAUGUUACUUGCAACGAGGUUGGGAAGGCGAAGCGUCGUCGAGCACUUGACGAAGUGGAGGGAGAAGGUAGAGAAAGACGAGUUUCCGUUCCCCCGUAACGAGAAUUUCAUAGGCAGGAAGAAGGAAUUAUCAGAGCUAGAAUACAUACUUUUUGGCAAUAUAGCUGGUGAUUCGGGAAGAGACUACUUCGAACUGAAAGCCCGGCCGAGACGAAAGAAUUUGACCGUUGAAACGUGCAGCAAGAAGGGUAAAGAACCUAUUUUGUGGAAGGAGUCCGAAAAGGAGAUCGAAAUGCAGAGUAUUGAGUUUCCUCUACGGUAUCGACGAGUGAAGACGAGAAGUGGUGAAAGGUACGCCAAGAGAAAAAGAACAGCCAAAAUUUUGUAUGGGAAAGGCAUUGCUUGCGUUUCGGGUGACUCCGGGAUUGGUAAAACCGAGCUUCUCUUAGAAUUUGCGUAUCGACAUCACCAAAAGUACAAGAUGGUUUUAUGGAUCGGAGGCGAAAGCAGGUAUAUCAGGCAAAAUUAUCUGAACUUAGGUUCGUUCCUCGAAGUCGAUGUAGGAUUUGGAAAUUUCUCAAGUAAAAGCAAGAUAAAAAACUUUGAGGAGCAGGAAGAGGCAGCCAUUUCGAGAAUUCGUACCGAGCUGAUGAGAAACGUUCCUUUUUUGCUGAUAAUCGAUAACUUAGAGUGCGAAAAGGAUUGGUGGGAUCACAAACUUGUGAUGGAUCUUCUUCCUCGUUUCGGUGGAGAGACGCAUAUCAUAAUAUCGACUCGACUUCCUCGUGUGAUGAAUUUAGAGCCUUUGAAACUAUCAUACUUAUCAGAGGCUGAAGCAAUGUGUUUAAUGCAAGGUAACCUUCGAGACUACUCGAUUGCAGAGAUCGACGUUUUGAGAAUCAUUGAAGAGAAAGUUGGAAGGUUAACGUUCGGACUUUCGAUAAUCGGUGCGAUAUUAUCCGAGCUCCCCAUAACGCCUACUAGAUUGUUGGAUACAACUAAUAGAAUGCCCGUCAAAGAUCAAUCAUGGAGUGGAAGGGAAGCUCAUGUAUUUCGGCGCAAUACCUUCCUUAUGCAGCUUUUCGAAGUAUGUUUUUCUAUUUUUGACCGUGCCGAUGGGCCACGGAGCUUGGCAACUAGAAUGGCUCUAGCCAGUGGUUGGUUCGGUCCAGCUGCUAUCCCGCUUUCGCAGUUAACCGUUGCAGCACACAAGAUACUGGAAAAGAGACAGCAGACGAGGUUGUGGAGAAAGUUGUUAGCUUGUGGUUUCACUUCAUCUUACACGAAAAAGUCGGAAGCCGAAGCGACUUCGGUGCUUUUAAGGUUCAAUAUGGCAAGAAGCAGCACGAAACAGGGAUGUCUGCAGUUCAAUGAUCUUGUCAAGCUAUACGCGCGCAAGAGAGGGUUGAAUGGAGCUGCACGAGCGAUGGUUCAUGCUGUCAUGAACCGUCGGUCGAUCAUUCAUCACUGGGAACAUAUGUGGGCAGCAUGUUUCUUGCUUUUCGGGUUUGGUCGGGACCCUGUGGUCGUCGAGCUCAAAGUGUCGGAGCUGUUAUACCUCGUAAAAGAAGCAGUCUUGCCGCUUGCCAUCAGAACAUUUCUCACAUUCUCCCAGUGCACCACCGCAUUGGAACUUCUCCGGUUAUGCACAAACGCAUUAGAAGCUGCAGAUCAAGCGUUCGUUACCCCGGUCGAGAAAUGGCUCGAUAAGUCACUUUGCUGGAGGCCAAUCCAAACAAAUGCCCAGCUGAAUCCAUAUCUUUGGCAGGAGUUAGCUCUAUGCAGAGCAACUCUAUUAGAGACCCGAGCAAGGCUAAUGCUGAGAGGGGGACAGUUCGACAUCGGGGACGAUCUAAUUCGAAAGGCGAUCUUCAUCAGAACGUCCAUAUCUGGUGACGAUCAUCCCGACACCAUAUCUGCUCAUGAAACUCUCAGUAAACUCAAUAGGCUCAUUGCUCAUUUCCAUACACAUUCUUCUCCAUAGGCUCAACAAUUCUCAUGUAAGGUAUAAUUUUUACUCCCUAGAUUGAUUGAUUAUAUACCAAGAAUGUCAAAUAAACCACUGUAUACUUUCCCAGGAAAUUCUUUAAUACAAUUCUAACCCUUAUAGCUGUUUUUUCGACAUUUUGACGGGAACCAACACCCUUAAAUCUUGCCUCGUUUACGUU